CUCCAGAAGCAGUUUAAGACAAGGGACGAGAGAGAGAACGCUGGGUAGCCGGAAGGAUGAAGUACCUGCUUGACUUCAUCCUGAUGCUGCCCUUGCUCAUCGUCUUCUGCAUUGAGUCUUUCGUCAAGCUUUUUAUUCCCAAGAAGAAAAAAUCAGUCGCCGGAGAACUUGUCCUGAUCACUGGAGCUGGUCAUGGAAUUGGAAGACUGACUGCCUACGAAUUUGCCAAACUUAAUACCAAAUUGGUUCUCUGGGAUAUCAAUAAGAAUGGCAUUGAGGAGACAGCUGCGAAGUGCAGGGAACUGGGUGCCCAGGCCUAUCCCUUUGUGGUGGACUGCAGCAAGAAGGAUGAGAUCUACAGUGCUGCAAAAAAGGUAAAGGAGGAAGUUGGGAAUGUUAGCAUUCUGAUAAAUAACGCUGGUGUUGUCUACACUUCGGAUUUGUUUGCUACACAAGAUGCACAAAUUGAAAAGACUUUCGAAGUCAAUGUGCUUGCACACUUUUGGACCACAAAGGCAUUUCUUCCAGAGAUGAUGAAGAAUAAUCAUGGCCAUAUUGUCACUGUGGCAUCAGCAGCUGGGCACACGGUGGUUCCCUUCUUGCUGGCUUACUGUUCCAGCAAGUUUGCUGCUGUUGGCUUCCACAGAGCCCUGACUGAUGAAUUGGCUGCCCUGGGAAGAUCCGGAGUCAAAACGUCGUGUCUCUGCCCUAACUUCAUAAACACUGGCUUCAUCAAGAACCCGAGUACCAACUUAGGACCCACCCUGGAACCUGAAGAGGUGGUGGAACAUCUCAUGCAUGGGAUCCUCACUGAAAAGAAGAUGAUAUUUGUUCCGAGUGCUAUAGGGUUUUUGAUGGUGUUGGAAAGGAUGUUUCCUGAGCGGUUCCUGGCAGUUUUAAAACACAGGAUCAAUGUUAAGUUCGAUGCUGUUAUUGGCUACAAAGAUAAAUGAUGAAAACUACCUGGUUUUCUUGAAGGAUGACUUACUGGACUCAGUUGAUUCCUUCCGAUAUGAAUUGAAAUUUUAAUGGCUUUGACUGCUUCUCUUGAGACCUUGUCUCUUCACCAUCUCCUUUUGAAAUAUGGCCACAUUCAGGAAAGCCAGCUCCACAUCACAGAGCCUAAAGGCCUUAAGAGUGCUCAUAUGGAAAACAGGGCGGGGCGGGGUGAGGAUGAUCCAUUUCUUGAUAAUAAUUUCCCCAUCACCAAGUUUGCAGAACUUAGACUACCAAUUUUUAUUUAAGAUGUUUGUAGUUGUACUUUCAGCUUAUGUAAUUCACAUCUCCUCUUCUAUUCCCUAUGAAAUUAUAAACUUUACCCUCUCAGAAUGGAAUGAAAGACUCUGUGUAGUGUCAUUUCACAGUGGUUUCAUGUGCUCUGAAACAUCCUGUCCCAUACAUCAGUACUAAGGGAGCUGUGGGUAGAUGCUGUUGCAAGGAGUGUGGGAGGAUACACUUAGAAAUAGUAACAAUAAAUGGACCAGAUUUGUCUCCAACUGCUACACAUAGAACAUGGUUUAACCUUUAAGUUAAAGGAAAAUAAUGAUGCAAUAGUCUUCUUCUUCUUCUUCUCCUUCUUCUCUCUCUCUCUUUCUCUGUUUUGUUUUUGUUUAUUUUUUGUUUGUUUGGUUGGUUCUUGUUUUUUUUUUUCUCCAGAAAUUUCUUGAAUGUGAAGUUCAGUGAGGUGGGACUGUAUAAUCUGGCUUCAGGUAGGCUGGACAUGUAGCUCAGUUGGGAGAGCACACACCUAACAUAAACUACCGGUGGCAUACUCUACCGCAGGGCUCUAGAGCUGGAGGCAGGAGGAAGGUCAAGGUCACAUUCAGCUAUGUUGUGAGCUGGAGCCAGGAUACCUGAGACCCUGUUUUCGAAAAGAAUGGCAUUUGAAGGUGAAGUGCCUGAUACAGUAGUCCCUACCUCCUUUAAAGGUAGCUUUAUUCAUUUGGCUAACUUAUACAUGUGCCAUAGGCUUGCCAACCUUAGCUGCCAGUGGAGUGGGCCUGGUAGAAACCUCCAGAAACUUUAGAAAGAGAACUCACUGUAUUCUGACAACAUUUGCCUUCUCCCACUAAUCACAUUUUAGCUUCCAAAACUUUCAUCGGAAAUCAACGCAAGGAUGAAUUUUAGCAGUAACCAGUAUGAACCCUGCUUCUUUGCAUAUUGUGAUGAUAUAUUGUUUACGAUGUAUUAAACACUGGAGAUCAGAAAAGCAAAGUAGCCAGCCACUAGCUCAUACCUUCACCUCAGCUCAGACCAAAGGUGUGAUCCUCAAACUGCUCCCAACUUCACUGCUCUUCAGAUUCACUCAGAGUGCUAUGCUCUCCUCAAUGUGGCCAAAGACUUACUCUCAGACUGAAUGCCUCUACCUUUUAUACCUCUCAAAUCAUGGGAUUAAAGCUGUAAGCUCUGAUUCACUCUCAAGUAGCCCAGGGUGGUCUUGGACUCAGAGAUCGCUCUACCUUUUAAUCUCCAGCCCUAGGAUUAAGGGUGUACAUCACCACUGUCUGAUAUCUAAAGCUUGAAGCUGGCUUUGCUUUGUGAAUCCUCAGGCAAAUUUAAUCAUAAAUAGUAUAUCACCACAGCAUAUAUGAUACUGGCAAAAUGGAAACUAAUUUCUUGAAUGUUAAGACACACACCAGGCAGAGAUUGCCACGUGAUUGUUUCAGAAUAUUUGUGUACAUUGUAAAGAUGCAUCUUUGCCAAGGCACCUUCUGAUUGGUUUAAUAAAGAGGUGAAUGGCCAAUAGCUACACAGGAGAGGACAGGUGGGGUUUCCAGGCUGAAAGAGGAAAGGAGGAGGAGGAAUCUAGGCAUGGGGAUUUUGCCAGCCCACUCGGAGCAAGUUAGUUGUGCUAUACAGAGAGGUAACCAAGUGAUGUGGCAGAAUAUAGAUUAAAAAUAUGGAUUAAUUAAGUUAUAAGAGCUAAUUGAGGACAAGCCUAAGAUAACGGUCAAGCUUUCAUAAUAACCUCUGUGUCGUUAUUUGUGAGCUGGCAAUCCCAAAAGAAAGUCAAACUAUACGUAAUCUCACAGCAGUCCUGUGCAAUGGGAUGGUCAGGACUCAAGCUGGCUGUGGACAGAGCAGUAGCCACAGGAACCCAAAAGAGCAACUCUGAGUCUAGAGCCCCACUCUGUAGGGAUGGCAAAUGUAUACAAGAUGGGGGAGGGCUUCUGAAUUUUUUUCCUCCUGUGUUUUUUAAAAAGCUCACUCUAAUCCACCAACACCAAGCAGUGGCUCCUUUGCCUCAGAGUCUGAGGCUUAUUAAAUGUUGUUUGAAGUUAA